AUGAAGACGAGGGCGUCAAGCACGACCAGGGCGUGGUGGGCUGCAGCGAGGCCGGCUGGGCCAUCGCAAGGUAUGCCGUCAAUGGCUCGUCGCUUUUACGGCGGUGCUGCGGCAGCAACGGCCGCCAAGGUGGUGGUGACGCGUGCCCUGCCGGAUUCGACGCUCGAGGCGCUACGCGCUGGCGGGUGCGCUUGGGAGGGGCGCUACUGGUCGGAGCCCGAAACUGCCAUUCCUCGAUCCACACUCCUCUCCUGGCUCUCCCCCGACACCCUCGGGCUCUACUGCCUGCUGACGGACAAGGUGGACGGGGAGGUGCUCGACCGUGCGCCCAACCUCCGCGUGGUCUCCUCCAUGAGCGUGGGCGUGGACCACAUCGACUUGGCCGCGUGCAAGGCGCGAGGCGUCCACGUAGGACACACGCCCGGCGUGCUCACCGACUCGACGGCCGACCUGGCGGUGGCCCUCACCUUUGCCACGGUGCGCAAGAUCGUGCCGGGCGUUGCCGCGGUGAAGAAUGGCGAGUGGAAGACGUGGUCUCCCUUCUGGAUGGCGUCGCCCUUCGACGUCAGCGGCAGCACGGUCGGCGUCGUCGGUCUCGGUCGCAUCGGUGCGGCCUUUGCCAAGCGGAUGGCGCACGGGUUCGGUUGCAAGAUUCUCUACUCGGGCUCUCGCCCCAAGCCCGAGGAGGCUGAGCCACUCGGAGCGACGUACGUGCCCUUGGACGAGCUGCUGCAGCGGAGCGACAUCGUAUCUGUUCACUGCCCGCUCACACCCGAGACGCGCUCGGCCGUGUUUAUCAACACCAGCCGCGGGCCGGUCGUCGACCAGGAAGCCCUCUACGACGCUCUUGCCUCCAACACCAUCGCCGCCGCGGGACUCGACGUGACCGACCCGGAGCCGCUGCCGACUUCUUCGCCUCUGCUGGGACUGCCCAACCUGGUGGUGGUGCCCCACAUUGCCAGUGCGACCUACCCAACGAGAAUGAAGAUGGCGAUGAUGGCGGCCGACAACCUCGUGGCAGGCGUGCAGGGCAAGACCCUCCCAUUUGCCGUCAAGUUGUAA